GUUGAAUUUAACUCAUCAUUUUCCUCCCCAUAACUAGAAAGCCAUCUUGAGGGUGCAGUGCAAUCGACGCUCAUCCCAAUCUCUAUCGUCCAAAGCAAAAACCAUGUGGCCUAAUUCCAGGGUCGAGGGCGGACUGGAUGUCCAGUUCUUUCAUAGUCGUAUUGAGUCCUUCAUCAAGUCGUGGAAGAGUGCUGAUGGGCCUGAAACAGGAGAUCUCCAAUCCUGCGGAGGUAUCCUGAUGGGCGAAGGUUCUCUGCGCAGCGGCAAUAGACCAUUACACGUUUUUCUCUUUGGUGAUAUGCUUAUCGGAUCCUUGAUUUUUAUCACCCCUACCACCGUCACAUUUUUUUGUUCAACCAGACAAGCGGAAAUCCUCACGCCUUUGACCAAGCUCCACUGCAAUGAAUUCGACUCCAGUGAUGGUCUCAACAUUGAUGUGAGAGUAAUCGUAAGGCCGCCAGACCCGAACAAAGGUGAUUCAUGGAUGCGACAUCUACUGGCGUGCGUUGAAGCAGUAAUUUCAAAUUCUGAGAGAAUUGGUCGCAUGUCGCAAGAUAAGAGCUUGGCGGGAUGGUUGGCCUUCUUAAAAAGCGAGGGAAAGUACGCAUUAUAUCAAGAAGCCGCCGUCAUUUCUGAUGAGGUCUCCGUGAUUCUGGCGAUCCAGCACCCACAAGAGAUAAAACUUACAGAAAUCGCUUGUCAAAUGAGUCACCAGCUAAUGUCUUGUCUGUUCGAUCAAAUUAUCAGUCUAGUAAAAAGUGACAGAGAUAUAACAAAUGAAGAAGUUGGACAACUUAUUCGGGCAAAGCACAAGAACGGUAACAUGUGGGAAGGAGCUACGUUUGAGCCCAAUUUUGAUAGGGGAGACGCAUGUCUUCGAAUCUUCCCCGUAGUCCGAUCCAAUGGCAAGUAUAGUUUUCGCAAGUCAGACCCACACGCUGCCGAGCGACUUGGGAAUACCGGAAUUUUCCUGACUGGCCUAGGAAUCCAAUACAAAUCGUAUUGCUCUUAUAUACGUCGCACCCUGAUGGUUGACCCACACCCAACGCAACAAGAUAACUACAGCUAUUUGCUGGAAUUGCGCGGAUUUGCCCUUGGACAACUGAAAGAAGGCGUAACUGGCCAUCAAGUUUACGCGUCAAUUAAGAGGAAGGUUAAGGUCGACCGACCCGGGAUUCGUCUUCCAAAAAGCUUUGGAUCCAGUCUUGGGGUAGAUCCUCACAAUCCAUUGUUGAAUUUGAAUAGAAACUGCUUCAGCGUUUUGAAGAGGAACAUGGUCUUCUCGUUGUCCUUAGGAUUUCUCAACAUUGAAGAUCCUUUCGACGCCGAAAAGACCUACUCACUCCACAUUGCUGACACUGUGCGAAUUGGCAAAACACGCGCGAAGAUUCUAUGUGAUGGACUAAAUCUAUCAUCAGAAAUCACCUUCUUCCUGAACACCGAUCCGUUGGAGUUUGAUCGAGUGAAAGGAGAAGAUGUGGGCCACGAUUCUGGAGAGGAAGAGUCUAUAGAGGGUAGCGAUAUACUUUCGAAACGGUCGGGAAGCUUUGAUGAAGAGUGGGAUAACGCUAAACGCCAAAAACUCGCUCCUGCAGGUGCACCUUCAAGUGACGAGCCAGACUGCAUGUACACCCACUCAGAAAGCGAUGUCGAUAUCAAACCGCGGGUGACCAAUGAAGAUUCGGUAGCUAGAAAUCUGGUCGGCGUAGUUAAUGCUCAAGGACAGGCUAGAAGAACAAUCAAGAUGGAAGCCCGGGAUGUUGACCAGAGGCUUGACGUUUUGAAACAUGCCGAAGAGUCAAUGAUGAAAGGAUUAGGUGAUAUCGAAAAUAAGCUCAAUGAUUUCAAGACUCAAGUCAAGCAAAAUUUUGCCGAGUUAAGGAAAUGGGCCGCAACUGAUAACCGAACUGAACCCGAACGGAGGACGUUGAAAAUUGAAGAAGAAUCAACGACGAAGAACAGCGAAACAUUCCAAGAAACAGGAAAACUGGAGUGAUUUUGGUUUCAUCCUCCCGCGCGCCUUGAGGUCAGAACAUCAGUUAAUUUAAUUGGACAGAAAAACUUGAACCAAUCCUUAACAAUUCCUGAAACUUAAAAACAACACCGUAUUUGUCAUUUUGCCCCGGCUUAGAAAAAUGUAACACCAAUGAACAAGAGUAAUUGGACGGUUGUUAUUUCCGAAUGUAAAUGCUUCAAAGUAUAAGCGUGUUGUGGUUGUCAUCUACAUCUCUACCUCUCAAUCCCAGCUUCCCUCGGAUAUGUGUCCUGAUUCAACCUUCUAAUUUAUGAACGCGUUGUGCAGCCCUUCAAGUUACUAUUUUUCCUUUGCAAUCUCUGUUUCUUUUCUCAUUGCUCAGUAUACUCUAAACACCCUCCCUUCUCAUCUUUGCUUGGGCUGGCUGGGCGUUUGAUUUUCAGGUAAACAGUCCCCAAUUGGUUAAUCAUUUUCUG